GUAUGUAAGGGGGCAUCCGCCGGUCAUGCCAGUCAGUAGCUCUUUGACUACGACUCAGGCUUUCGGAGCUACCCAGCAGGCGACACCAACAGCAGGCAAGAUGGCGGAGCAGGGGAUGUCAUCAGCUGAUCUGGUAAACAACGCAAGACCCGCUCGGGCGACGCAGUACAUCGCCGCUCUGUCGGCAACGAUGGGCGCCCUCUGCUUCGGCACGGCCCUCGGCUACUCCUCCCCGGCGGGCAUCCUGCUGACCAGCAACUCCACAGACAGUUCCCUGCAGCUGACCACCGUCGAAAACAGCUGGUUCUCCUCGUCGGUCAACCUCGGGGCUCUCGUGGGCGGCCCCAUCGGCGGCCUCUGCAUCAACGCCAUCGGGCGGCGGGGAACCUUGCUGGCCGUGUUUCCGUUUUUCUUCGGGUCCUGGACGAUCAUCGUUUUCGCUCAGAACUUCGCCAUGCUGUUGGUGGGUCGCAUCAUCGCUGGACUGUGCACGGGGGUCAUGUGCAUCUCGGCUCCCACUUACAUCGGGGAAUUCGCCUCUGCGGACAUCAGGGGAAUGUUAGGCUCAGGUUUCCAGCUGAUGGUCGUGAUUGGCAUUCUCUACGCAUACGUCUUCGGUGCCUUUAUAAACAGCUGGCAGAUACUCGCGGUUGUGUGCGCUGUCCCGACCCUCAUCUUCUGCGUGCUAAUGGUCUUCUCAAAGGAGUCCCCCAGUUACCUUCUCUCUAAGGGGAAGGAUAAGGAGGCCCAGGAAGCUAUGCAAUACUUCAGAGGACCCGACUACAACAUCCAGCCCGAGAUGCAGAUGUUGAAGCAGAUUCUCGAGGACUCCAAAGCGAACAAGGCCUCUUUCUCGGACCUCAAGCAGGCGUAUAUCUUGAAGCCUCUCCUUAUCGCCCUUGCACUCAUGUUAUUCCAACAGCUCUCGGGGAUCAACGCUGUUAUCUUUAACUUGAAGACUAUCUUUGCGGACUCGGGAACAGACCUCUCCGAUGACGUCAGCUCGAUCAUCGUCGGUUUAGUUCAGGUUCUGGCCACUGCUUUCGCUAGUGUGCUCAUGGACAAAGCUGGCAGGAAAUUUCUUCUGAUCAUAUCUGCGGCGGCCAUGAUUGUAUCUCUAGUGAGUCUCGGAGUCUUCUUCUACCUGAAAGACAACGGUGACGUCAGCGCCCUCGGAUGGCUCCCUAUUACGUCAUUGAUCAUCUACAUUGCGUCAUUCAGUAUCGGCUACGGACCUAUUCCUUGGAUCAUGAUGAGUGAACUUUUCUCGGCCAAUGUUCGUGAGGCUGCCGGUAGUUUGAGUACAAUGACAAACUGGACAUUGGCUUUUAUUGUCACGUACUUCUUUGAGAGUAUCCAGGAAGCCAUCCACGAAUACGGUGUGUACUGGCUCUUCGGUGGUAUCUGCGCCGUCAACUUGGCCUUCUGUGUCCUGGUGGUGCCGGAGACCAAGGGAAAGACCCUGCAGGAGAUCACGGCGCUCUUUGGGGGUCCGGUCACCUCCCCUACGCCUGCCAGACACUCAUCGCCUUCGUCAGUGUCCGAGAAACAGAAAUGGUAGAGUUUCGUCGAAAGAAAGUCUGGUAAUGAAUGGCUGAAGGACCUACUCGUCGCGGUUUGCUGAAGGAUCUGCUGGUGAUGGAUCGUUGGAGAGGAUCUUCUAGUCAUGGAUUACUCAAGGAUCUUCAAGGGUCGGAAAAGAGAUCCUUGGGUUCGAAGGCCAUCGCCGAGAAGUGAGAUGGAUGAAUCCUUGAGACACGGAAGGUGUUGGGAAGGUCUUCCCAAGCAGGAAAGGCACGGAUAGAAUGGGUUUUAAGCCAGUCGAUUAAUUUUGAGAUUUCUUUCCUUGUUCUAUAGCAAAUGAAAUGAAUGCUUUAUGAUACAAAAGUCAAAGACCCAGCAUAUAACAAGGACGUGGCUUUUUGCUAGAGAGAAGAGGAUCCACGCAGUGCCUGAAGACCAUAUAAAAAAGACCCAUACUUUCCUGUCAAAAUCUAACGGAUACCAACACUAGCUUUUAUUUAUGAACGAAAUAUAAAUUUCUAAAUGCCAUAAAUCAAUGUGUUAUGCAUGAAAUGAACAAGCCAAAUAUUGCAAUAUAUAUACAAUAUUAUUUGACUGUCAUGUUCACUUUGCAGGCAAUUUUAGACUACUGGCACUCUAAUCUUAACCAUUUCUUAUCCAUUUCACAUCACUACUUCAUCCCUGACACAUCUUACCUUACUGAUAUACCCGAGUCUUCACCUCAUAUUUAUGUACCUAUUUCCCUCACCCUAUUUCUCUUAUGGCCUACGUCCAUGCUGAAACUUCACCAAAUCAUUAUUCACGAAAAUCUCACCAUUUUAGAAAGUAGAAUGUUCACUUGUUUAUGAAAGAGGACAGCCGUUGUACUGACGCUCCCGUUUUCUGUUGUAGACGAGGUACUGACUGAGCACUGAACAAGUUUCUUAGGUUAAGGUAUAUAAUAAUAAAUAAUAAUGUUGA